CUGGAUUUCACGGUUGGAGACUCAUCUUUGGAGGCAUAGUCUCUCUUUCAUUACUUUCUCCCCUGAUCCGCAGUGUUUGUUGAGCGUCUGCCCGACUGGACCUGCUUCAUCAUGGCCGUCUGAAUUCAGAUCCGAAUCCGAGUCUGAUCCCCUUUUUUCAAUCAUCUACCCCGAUCGCUCUGGGAAUCAUUUCUUUGGGAUUUUACUUCAUUUGUGCCAAUGUUCAAACAUGCAGCCUCCGCCAAGAAAGGUAAAAGUGACACAGGAAUUGAAGAACACGCAUACGGAGCAGCUCGGCCGCCUGCAUCUCAAACACCAGACAGAAUGUGAUUUAUUGGAAGAUAUGAGAACCUACAGCCAGAAAAAGGCCACUCUGGAGAGAGAUUACGCGCAGGCUCUGCAGAAGUUGGCGAGUCAGUAUUUGAAGAGGGACUGGCCUGGGAUCAAACCGGACGACCAGAGGACAGACUACAGGAAUGUGUAUGGAGUGUGGCGGGCUUAUCUUGAAGGCACCGUCCAGGUGACCCAGUCUCGACUCAACGUCUGCGACAACUACAAGAAUGAGAUUACGGACCCCGCCAAAACCUUACGCCUCUAUAAAGAACAGCAGCUGAAAAAGUGCAUUGAGCAGCUGGGUCGGAUCCAGGCAGAGCUCCAGGAUUCAGUGAAGGAUCUGGCCAAGUCCAAAAAGAAAUACUUUGAGCUGGAGCAGAUGGCCCAGGCUGUGCGGGAAAAGGCCGACAUUGAAUCCAAGUCGAAGCUGGGCCUAUUCCAGUCCAGGAUAAGUUUACAGAAGGCCAGUGUGAAGUUGAAAGCAAAGAGGAGCGAUUGUAACUCUAAAGCAACCCACGCGAGGAACGAAUAUCUUCUCACACUGGCGGCCGCCAACGCACAUCACGACCGCUACUACCAGACCGACCUGGUCAAUUGCAUCAAGGGUCUGGAGGGGAACGUAUACGACCAUGUGAAAGAUUAUCUGAUAUCCUUUUGUCGGACCGAGCUGGAAGCGUUUCAAGCUGUCCACAGCACCUUCCAGUUCCUGCUGGAGAAGUCCAGUCGAGUGAUGCAGGACUUCAACCAGCAGCUGUUCCUGCAGGAAAACCCAGUGUUUCACAAAGCACAAGACUUCCAGUUCCAGCCCAGCGAUAGUGAUACGACUUUGAGCUCCGUGCAGCAGUUGGUGGACAUUGAGCCAUCGGCGGUCAGUGUGAUGAGAAUGACUCUGGCACAGAGUCGACAGCUGGAAUCGGAGACGGGAACCACCGAAGAACACAGUCUCAACAAAGAGGCGAGGAAAUGGGCCACACGUGUGGCUCGCGAACACAAAAACAUCAUCCAUUACAAACGGGCUCUAGAGGAAUGCGAGACUCUCGGGACUCCGCCCACGGAACAGAGCCGGAAUGAGCUGGAAUUCCGAAUAGAGGAGGCCAAGGAGAACAUCCGCAAAGCAGAGACGAUAAAGCUGAAAGCAGAAGCGCGUCUGGAUCUCCUGCGGCAGGUGGGUGUUUCUGUGGACACGUGGUUGAAGAGCGCCAUGAACCAGGUGAUGGAAGAGCUGGAGAACGAGCGCUGGGCGUCGCUGCCCACCCUCACCACCCACGAUCUCUCUCUGUCGACCACGGUGGAUUUGGACAGAGAGGAGGGAGAAGAAUUGGAAGAGAACAUGGAGACGUACGACGACAGCAGCUCGAGUCCUUCAGGUACCCUGAGGAACUACCCGCUCACCUGUAAGGUGCUCUACUCGUACAAGGCGUCUCAGCCCGAUGAACUAACAAUCGAUGAGCAUGAGAUGUUGGAGGUUAUAGAAGAUGGAGACAUGGAGGACUGGGUGAAGGCGCGGAAUAAGACUGGUCAGGUGGGCUACGUUCCAGAGAAGUACCUGCAGUUCCCCACGUCCAACAGCGUACUGAGCAUGCUCCAGUCCCUCGCUGCUCUGGACGCACGGUCACACUCCUCCAGCAACUCCACUGAGCCUGAGCUGGCAUCAGGCAGCUUUAAUGGAGACAGCAGCAUGAGUUUUGUCAAGGCCAUGUACGACUACGAGGGUCAGACGGAUGACGAGCUAUCUUUCCCUGAGGGAGCCAUCAUCCGCAUCCUCAACAAGGACAACCAAGAGGACGACGGCUUCUGGGAAGGCGAGUUUAACGGUCGAGUGGGCGUCUUUCCGUCCGUGCUGGUGGAAGACCUGACAGCCUCAGAAAACGGAGACACUCACUGGGGAACGGACACACAGGUGUCCCCGUGCCAAAGGCUUCAUUCAUCACUUCCUCCUCUGCCGCUGUACGACCAGCCGCCCUGCAGUCCGUACACGAGCCCGGAGACCAGCAGCGCUCCCUCGCUGCCCCGCUCACCGUCUGUCAACGGAGAACACAAACUGCCCAUCCCGCAAAAAGCCGCCGUUCAUAAUCAUAAUUCCAGCUUAAGUCCAGAGAGCCCAGGAUUCUCUCAGCCGCUGAGACUCACUCCGGACGGAUCCGGCCCUGGAAAACUCAGACCUGUUCGGGCGGCACCUCCUCCUCCGAAGCAGCAUGCGCGCAGACAGGUGGAGAAAACCGAAGAGGUGGAGAUCACGCUGGUGUAGAGCGCCGCUCUAGUGGACUGAGAACAAACCCCAUCUGACCUCUAACCCCUCCCACUCCUCACGAAAGGGGCGGGGCGUGCGUUAACCCGCCCAAUGAGCAUCCUUAGAUCCCGAGGGGGGCGGAGAAGAGCAUCUCAAAGGCAUCCCUUUUCAUAAAAUACAAACACCUCUUUUGGCGUCACAGACUGUUUGGUGCCUUAAACCGCUUUCAUGCCAAACUCUAAUCCUUGUAUUCGUAAUUACGUUAUCGUGCGACGGGAAACUUUGUUAAUCCACUCAAUGCCAGUUAAUUUGUGCAAAAUUAAGGUUGAUGUGAACGUUUGCGGUGAAAGGAAUCUCUGAGAAGAGCCAAACACGCAAUACUAGAAAUUAAAGGAUGUUGCGGGAGUGAAAAAGGGGUCAGCCACGAAUAGUCCAUUUACCAUUUACGUAUUUCAUAUGUAAUAGCACAGUACAUUACUGUCGUCAUAGGAAUGUUAUAUUCAUCGCAGAUCAUGACGGAGAAAGGGAACUGUACAUAAAAGGCUACAAAAGAGCGGUAGAGGAGAACGAGGGUGAAAAAGAGAGGAAGGCUGGUUACUUCGCUCUUUUUUUCUCAUCCGUUUAGCUUCUUUCUGUCUUGUGUUGAUCUGAAAAAAAAAGUACUAACUACAUAGCUAUAUCCUUUUCCUCAACUUUUCAUUAUGAAGACCAGUGUUUGUAUGUAUUACUAAUAUUUAGUCCUCAGAAACGAUGCGUAAAGAUGCGUCUCCGAGCGCGAGGCGGCGAAUAUUCUGCGUCCGUAAUCAUGGAAAUAUACCGAUCAAUAUACAAGUAUCAGUUAAAGUGCUUUUCCAGCCUAACGCAUUUCUCAUUGUCAUGUAGAGGACUGAACGGACGUGCUGCGUUUCUUUUAUGGCAGUAUUUAGGAUGAAUGUGACGGGAGAGAUUCCCUCCGACAAGCACAGAAAAGGUGGAGAUUUUUCAGUUGAAUUAUCGCCGACGAACGCAAACCUAUUAUCGUGUCCUAAGUGCAUUUCCUCCCUACGAGGGGCAGCUACGUUGUCUUUUUUUUGCAGUUCAAGAGACAUCUUAGAUUUAUCAUUUUAAUUCAUUUCCACAGUGUUUUUAUGCAUAUCUCAAUUUAUUUCUGAAGUUUCAGUGCUUUGACACCCUUCAUUUUAUCUUUUAUUUUAAUAUCCGUGUAUCCCAGCUGCCUCUUUCGGAUGAUGAAGCUGCCCAGCGUCGUGUUAUUCAUCUCGUGAGAGUGACUGAUUGUAGUUUUCCCAUAUCAUUUGAAAGAGAAGAGAGUUAUUAUGUUCAUUACAUAAUGUAGACGGUGGAAGGAUUUAAAGGAAAAUCCAUUUUGUGAAAUGGUACCAUAGUUCUGUUAAGCAAGAACAGGGUCAUUACGAAAAGAACGUGUGUGCGAGACGUUGGAGGAGAAACAAAAAAAGUUUGUUUGGUAGCCUUUUUUUAAAUCGGAGCGGAAGAUGUUUGAGUAUCUUCCCCUUGUUUCUAUUUUCCUCUGUCACAACCUAUUUUCUUGUUGAUCUCGUUGAGAUCUUUUGAAUGUUAUCAAACUUGUUUUGAAGUUUAUGGUUAGAGGUUAAAGCCCAUUGUGUCAAAAACUGUUCUCGCCUACGAAACGAACGCAAAAUUUUGAUAUUUUCAUUUGCAUUUUUUUAAAUGGCGCUCCCGGUUUUCUCGGCCAGUUUCAACUCUUUGGAGCUUCUUCAAUAGCGUUAGCUGCAUAUUCUAGUUGUUUUUAUUUCUAAAGUGAUUUUAUUUGCAUUUAUUACAAUUUGAAGGUGAUUCCGAGCUGCUAGAAAAAAAAUAACAGAUGGAAUAACAACAAUUGACUGUUGCUGCAGUGACAAUAUCAGAGAACAGGUGAAAAAUAUUCUUUCUGCAUAUUAUUAGCUGUAAAAUUAUUUGUAUUUAUUGUGUACAAAUGUUAAAUAAAAAAUUGGGGAAAGUG